AUGGGCAGAAAUCACCAGCGUCCACCGGGGGCAUGCCGCACAGUGGCAAUUAUCUGUCGCAAGACAAUCCGCGCCACUGACCAAACGUGUCGUCUGCCAAUAAACCUAAACCGUUACCGACCGUCGUCCGAACACGGCCGACGUGGCUUAAUUACCGGUCGCUCGAUGGCUCCAUGCCGCGCCGAUGCGGUCCCGUCCUUUUGGCCGUACGCACCAAUCGCCAGACCUGACCGUCCGUCAAUCCAGUUCUGCCACGAAGGAGUGUUCUCUGAGGGCUUGUUGUGGCGCAUGGCGGCAAUCGCUAAGACUUUCGUCCGCGACCGAUCGUCGCUUGGUUUCACGCGCUGCUGGAUGCCCUAA